AUGACCGCAAGCCCGGAAUAUUCCUCGGCAGCCCUCAAGUCGCCGGAAUCACAUUUUCUGGAGCCUCCAAACGGUCGCAUUGCUCACACAUUAACCGCCUGUACCCGGUGUAGACAGCGAAAAUCCAAAUGCGACCCUGGCAUCCCUCGGUGUGCCCCUUGUGAACGAAGCAAUGCCAAAUGCGUGUACUACGACUCGACGCGUGAUUCGACGAUACCUCGAACCUAUAUCGUAUCAUUGCGAGAGAAAGCUCGGGCGCUGGAACGUGAGCUCGCCGAAGCCGAGAAAGAGAUCCAACAUGCCGCCGAUGCUGAGUUGAUGGUGCGGGGUGCUGGGCGCAUCCGCUUCAAGGAAAAUGAUGAGGCACGGUAUCUCGGUUCCUCGAGUGGCAUUGCCAUGACUCGUCUAGUCAUGGAAAUGGCCAAGCAGAAUACCGACUCCAAAAGCAUCAAAGAUGUCGUCCCAGAAUUCACCGCCCAAGAGAUUAAAGAAGCCUUCGCGCAAGAAGAUUCGAAGCCGACAUCCAAAAUCUAUCCCAUGAUAAGCUCAAUUCCACAAGCCGACCUGCCUCCACAAGCUCUAACUUAUAAAUUGAUCGAUCUCUUUGUGGCCAAAUCACAAGCACUCCUUCCGACUUUACACGAGCCAACCUUUCGACAAGAGGUAGAGGAAGUCUUCAAUGGCUCUACGGACCCUUGCCAAAACUUCCAGCUCCGCAUGGUCAUCGCCAUUAGCAUGCAGAAAAUGAGCACAGAAUAUGCCGGGCUGGCUGAUAGCUAUUAUCUUGCCGCCUUGCCCUACUUGGAACCCACGUUGAAACGGAUGGAUCUAAGAGCUCUGCAAUGUCUCGUACUCAUCGCCUCCUAUUCAAUGUUGACACCCACUCGCACAGCUGCAUACUGGGUCGUCGGAACAGCCGCCAAGCUGUGUCAGGAUCUGGGAUUCACCGAGGAAGCUACCAUUACUACACCCCCCAAUGGAAAACCGCUGAACCCACUGGAGAUCGAUAUGCGCCGCAGGUUGUUUUGGAUUGUCAUAUCCAUGGAGCUGGGCCUUUCGCAUAGUCUCGGCCGUUGCAACAGUUAUUCAGUCAGCCAUGAUCACUUCAAUGUGAAGUUCUUUGAACUAGUGGAUGAUCGAUACAUUACCCCUGCGGGAGUCACUCCAGGUGCGAAGCCUGUUCUGGCAAAAUGUAUCGCAGUCCACUUCUUCAAGAUGCGGCUGCUGCAACUAGAGGCCAGACGAACACUGUACCUGAAUCGAAGGGAAACGCCAGUGGAUGAUCAAGAUCCAUGGUUUUCCCAAAUGAUGGCAAAAAUCGACCACUGGGUGUCUACGUGCCCUAAGAACGACGAUGGGAGUGGGCUUAAUGUAAAAUGGUUCACAGGGCGACGGAAUACAAUCGUGAUUCUCAUGUACCGUCCAUCGCCACAGAUUCCUGAGCCAUCCGUCCAAGCGGCGCAAAUAUGCUACGAAGCGGCUAUCUUCAAUAUCGCCAUGCAUAAAGAACAGAUGAUCACCGGAUCUGUUGAUCUCACUUGGGUAUUCGUACAGGCGUUGUUCAUGGCUUUGAACACCGUUCUCUGGACCCUCUCGUAUCCCGAGAUACGAAAAGAGCACACCAUCGAGGAAGUCCAGGGCCAUUUGGAUAUGGCUCUCGAAAUCAUUGUUUUCUCCGCCGAACGAUGGCCCGGUGUCCAGUCCGCACUGCUCCUUUACAAGCGCCUUGUUUCUGCGUGCCUGAAGGCUUAUACCACCGAAGAGUCAUUUGUUGUGCACUCGCCUUCCAACCAUCCGACCCCAACUUCCUCCCAAGGAUUGACACCGCCGGCUAUGUCUAGUCCUUCAAGUAGCACGACUGCCUCCUUUUAUUCCCACAAUCAUCGCGGUGGGAACCUAUCAAUAGGCGACACUGCCUCGAGUGGUACCUACUCUAGAGGACAAUCUGCUGAUCCCUCAUUUACACAAGAUUCAACACCUCCGGCUACAACACCAGCUCCAUUCUCACAGCCCCGCAUCCCACCAGUAUCGCCUGCCUUUGAUAUGAAACCGCCACCUACCUCUCGAAGCUCGGCGUCACAAUAUGCACCGGAGCCCUAUUGUGACCCGUCAUCACUUUAUCCAGAUGUUUCGGUCGACCCCAAUACCCCGUAUAACACGAUGCCUUCAGUUGUUCCCGGCCUUCAAGGCUGGGAUCCCAAUUUCACACUUGCCUCAACGACUGCCGGGCAUCUGGCAUAUAUUGACGCCACUGUCGACCCCAUGAACUGGACCACUUCCAUUGGGGAUCAGUAUUCUCAGUAUUUCAACGAGCCAUUCCCAGUGCCUUCAUGGCGCGAGCGUACGCUCAGCCAACAGGAGCAGAUUGAGCUUUUGGCAUCUUUGGAACACAAUAUACCUGAUGUGUCUGCUCAGUUGGUCACCGAGUACAAUGCUUUCUAUCAGUCAUGA